AAAAUUAAUAGAUUGAUUUUAUAACUAUUAUAUCAUCGAUAUUAGAAUAAUAUUAAAUGAAACAACUGUCUACAUGAUAUUUUUAGUAUAUAGUAUUAUUUCUUUCUCCUACAAUUUUCCAUUUUAUUUAUUUACUUCCUUUUUCCUUUGCAAAAAUAUAUUAUAUCUUUCUGUUAUGAAAAAUUUGGGGGAUAUUGCAUCUAAUUUCUGAGAGAUUUUUACUUUGCUAAUUUCCGGUGAGAUCAAGAGGUUAAUCACCCACUGAGAAAGCUUUUGCAUUUUUCUGCUAUAGUGUUAGUUUCAGCUCCAUAACUGUUGAAAGCAUUCACGGGCAAAAUUGUUCUGCUAUUUUUUUGGUAAUUUGAGACUUUAAAAAUGGAGGAGAAAGGUGGAAUGAGUCCAAGUGGGGUCAUCACAGUUAAGGGAGAUGAAACUUUGGCACCAAGAACAGAGUUUCAACAAAACCCUAGCUUUCUUCCAUCUGUGAGACCCACGACGGUGGUACCUCCUCUCCCUCCGGCUCCAGCCACUGUGACUCCUGGCUCAGCCGCUGCAGCGCCUCCGCCAUCAAUCUCUAGCGCAGGGACAGAUCUGACAAAGAAGAAGAGAGGGAGGCCGAGAAAAUACGCUCCAGAUGGUAGUCUGAACCCUAGGGCUUCGAGACCAACUCUGUCUCCGACUCCAAUCUCAUCUUCCAUUCCAUUCUCUGGAGAUUAUCAUCAUCAUUCUCAUUGGAAACGAGGAAAGGCUCAUCAGCAACCUGUUGAAUUCAUCAAGAGAUCUAACAAGUUUGAGUAUGAAAGCAGCCCAGCUCCUCCUCCUGCUGGGCUAUCAUGCUAUAUGGGUGCAAAUUUUACAACACAUCAGUUUACUGUCAAUGCUGGUGAGGAUGUAACGAUGAAAGUUAUGCCGUAUUCACAAGGUUCUCGAGCUAUAUGCAUUCUUUCUGCUACUGGUACCAUCUCCAAUGUCACACUUCGUCAACCUACCACUUCAGGAGGCACUCUUACAUAUGAGGGUCGAUUUGAGAUACUUUCUCUAUCUGGUUCCUUUAUGCCUACUGAAAACUGUGGAACCAAAGGUCGGUCCGGUGGUAUGAGCAUUUCUUUAGCCGGACCAAAUGGUAAAAUAAUCGGCGGUGGCCUUGCUGGUAUGCUCAUAGCAGCUGGUCCUGUCCAGGUGAUAAUGGGAAGUUUCAUUGUGAUGCAUCAAGCAGAACAAACACAUAAGAAGAAGCCUCGAAUCAUGGAGGCUUGUCCUCCUCCACCACAACCACAACAACAACCUCCAACUUUCACUAUCACCACUGUGAAUUCCACUUCUCCUGCGGUGGCCACCGUAGAGGAGCCAAAACAACAAACCUACGGUGGUGGUGGUACAAUGAGACCGUUGUCUCAAAUGCCUUCUUCUUUCCACAACGAUAGUAUCACAACGACCUAUCAUGGAUAUGGGAAUAUGAACACUGGUGCUACUAAUUAUAAAGAAGAAGAUGACUAUGAAAAUGGUGGGGAUGAUGAUUCCGGCGAUACUAGGAGCCUAUCUAAUAGUGGUUGAGCAAUCCUAGGACUUUCUUUUGUAGGAAGUAAGAUACCUUUAAGGUCAAAAGUGUUUCAGCUAUUCUUUUCUUUGCUUUUAGAGGGUUGUUUCAGGUGUGAGGCUUUUUCUAAAAAAUUCUUCUUACUGUGUGUUUUUCUAGGGUAUUUGUUUUUGUGAUCGGUUUAGCUUAAUUAUGUUGAAAUCGUCGAUUAAAUUAUGUUUUAUGGUUGCGGUUAUUGAGAUUAAAAUUUACUAUUUUGCAUA